GGCUAUGAUUGGCUGUUUAAGAACCGACCGUGUGGCGUCACUGGGAAGCGCCGAACUCUAGUUUCUAAAGUUUUCUGUGUGGAGCUAUGGAUAGCUGACGGACAAAAGUGAGUUUCUGCCUCAUUGACCGCCUAGUUAACAGAUGGAUGACAUCAAUGUGCUACACCACAGAUGCCUCCUGAAUUUGAGGCGUCGAAUCAGAGAUAUUGGGGAUGGACGCCCAGCACAGGAGCGAUACAUGAGGCUGCAGAAGGAUGGAGACACACUCAGUUACCAAGGGAACUCUGAGGAAGUGGGUUGCUAUGUGGCUGGCCAUCCUCUAUCAAAGGGAAACUGCUACUUUGAGGUGACAAUAGUGGACACAGGGGUGAGGGGGACCAUUGCUGUGGGCCUGGUGCCUAAAUUCUACAGGCUGGACCACCAGCCUGGCUGGCUGCCAUACUCUGUAGCUUACCACGCUGACAACGGCAAGUUAUACAACGGUAACCCUGUGGGGCAGCAGUUUGGGCCAAAAUGUGUUCGUGGUGACCGCAUCGGCUGUGGAAUACACUCUGAAAAUGUAGAAGCAGGUUUUACAACAGUCUUUUUCACCAAAAAUGGCAAAGAGGUGGGCUCAGUAGAGGUUCCUGUUUUGGCCGAGGGUCUGUUUCCCGCCGUGGGGAUGCACUCGAUGGGGGAGGAGGUUAAGGUCGACCUGCAGGCCGAGUGGUUCCUGGAGGAGGAUGACAGUAUGAUGAUGGUCGACAGCCAUGAAGAUGACUGGGGACGACUUUAUGACGUCAGAGUGAGCGGCACGCUCUUGGAGUACGUUGGCAAAGGAAAGAGCAUUAUGGAUGUGGGUUUGGCCCAGGCCCGCCAGCCACUCACCACCCGCUGCCAUUACUAUGAAGUGGAGAUUGUCGAUGCCGGGGAGAAGUGCUACAUUGCCCUGGGCUUGGCGAGAAGGGAUUACCCCAAGAACAGACACCCAGGAUGGAGCCGAGGGUCAGUGGCCUACCAUGCAGACGACGGGAAGAUCUUUCAUGGCAGUGGGGUUGGAGAUGCUUUCGGUCCUCGCUGCUUCAAAGGUGACAUCAUGGGCUGCGGCAUCAUGUUCCCACGAGACUACAUCCUGGACAGGGAAGGCGACGUGGACGACUGGGACCGGCUGGAGGUCCGCCCGGCUCACGCAGCCAUCCAGAAUGUUCUGUACCUCAACGACGAAGAGGAGGAGGAGGAGGAAGAGGAGGACGCGGAAGAGGUAGAGCAGGAACAGGAGGGCAGGAAGGUCACGGUGUUUUUCACCAGGAAUGGGAAGCUGAUGGGCCGCAGGGAGAUGGCCGUCCCCCCCGGAGGCCUCUACCCCACCGUGGGGAUGCUGAGCAGCGGCGAGAAGGUGAAGGUGGACCUGCAUCCUCUGAGUGGAUGACCUGAGGCCGGACCGGAGCCGCGACGCCCUGCGACCAGCUGGCUGCGCUGUAGAGCUCGCCCACGGUAGCCUAGCAUGCUGCUAACACUCACCAGAACACGCUCACUCCCGGCCGUGCACGUUGUCUUCCCUCCUCACAGCUUUUUAUUUAUGAGACUCUGUACAUAUCACAGUUCAUCUGUCUGGUUGUCGAGCAGACGGAGGCUCCUGAAGGCUACAAAGCUGCUAAAAGGCUCCUGGGAGACGUUUAAACCGUUAAUUCUAUGCAAUCUGCACCGUCGUCCCGUCUAACCUCCUCCUGCAUGCAGCGUGGCUCUGGAGCUCCGAGCUGUGAAUCCCUCUUAUGAGGUCUGGCACGCUCGGUUUAUUUCAUUUGUCACAACCCCAAGCAAAGCAGAGCAAAGAGGCCAACAGUUGUGUGGAGUCAGAGCUGGUUUAAGUUUCAGGGAACAGACUCCCCCCUUUCUCCAUCUAGCUUCCCUCCUCGUCCUCUCUCUGGGUGAUGGCGCCCUCCUCUGACCGAUCAGGGUUCUGCCGUCGCUCCGCCUCCGUCGCUGCCCUCCUGGAAAGUCAGCAGUGGAUCGAUAUUUCAGAAACGCAUCAGUAAACAACCAAACUGGAGGCGGCUUCACUUCAGACCUUUCCUAAGAGAGUGCGAACAGAUUUGUGAGUAUUUCAUAGCCGGAUUCCAAACAUCAGGUAUAUUUUCUUCGAGCAAUCUGUGAAAUGAAACUUAUCUUUCUGCGUCAGGAAGUUCAGGGAACGUGUUUUUGUUUUUGCACUUUGAAAACUCGAGGAAUUUUCGUGAAGAGUCCGGUUUUAAGGAACACGUGGGUGGACAAAAUAGCAGAAAUACCUUCCAGUAUAACGCAGUCCGAUACAACAGACUACAGCCACAACAAAAACCACAGAGUUCCAUCAUCUGAAGUUAAACUUUACAAACCUCACAUCUAGAUCGGAUUGCCUUAUACUGAACUGUAAUGUGAUAUUAGUGCACGUUUGAAGGUUUAUUUCUCACCAUUUCUAACCUUAAAGAUUGAAUAGUUUAAAAGUGGGUGAAACGCUCAGCUUUAUUUCUCGGUUUUCUAGUCGAACGGUAACUUUAUCUGUGAUGUAGAAUUAACUGCUGGAUGUUUUCUUUAAGAUUAAGACAAUGAAGUUUAGUUUCUGUGUUUUAAGAUGCAUUUAAAAAGCUCUGUGUGCAGCAAACAGCAGCAGAGCCUGAAGUCUGCAUCACAAAGUCACAUCAGUUUUUGAGUUUUCCAGCUGCGAAUUUUCAAGUCCGAAAUUUGACUAUUGACCAAUGAGAUCGCUGAAAUCUGCAUCAAUGGAGUUACAAAUACGGCUGCCAAAGUAAAACCCACAAUUAUUUAGAUUAAUAGUGAGAUUUCGAUUAUUUGUCACAAUUAGGGACAAAUAUUUUUUGUACAUUUUUCUGUGCUGCAGUAUUGUUGUCGACUGAUUAUCGAAUAUCGAUAUUUAGCAUUUUUCCUGAUCACCAGCAUUAAUUAAAAAUGUACAUCUUUGGUUGUGCUGUUACAGGAGCUGAAUUCAUUAAUUAGCAUCACAGUCCUUAAACCUUGUACUACAGCAUGUCCCUAAAGUCUGGACACAUAGGACGUAUCGAAAGAUAGAUGAAAUUAAUGCAUGUUAUUCACGGAGGAUUCCACUUUUCUACGGUGGUGAAGGUGGUUAAAAAGUUGAAAUAAACGGGCAGUGUCAUGGACAAAACCCAUUCUGGACGACCAAAUGUAUCAGCCGAAACUAAAGAAUUGGUCAUAGCUAAAAUUCAUGCUAGCCCCAAAAAAUCACUUCCCUAACCCUAGCUUUCCAUAUGUCCAUCCUUCACGUCCACUGAGAAGAAACAGUUCAACUCUUUCUUUUUUCGACAAAGCCAUAUUUAAUCUGUGGAGGCAAAAAAAAAAUGAUAGUUCAAGAGAUUUCCUAUGUGUCCAGACCUUAGGGACACCCUGUACAUGCGAGGACAGAUUUUAUAAGAAGAUCCAAAUUAGUGCAGCACAACCAGAGAUUCUGUCUUUUUUUUCAAAUUUUACUAAUUUUUCACAUAUUGUUCUGCAAUAGCUGUGUUUCCAUAGGAUGUUUUUAUUUUCGUUUUGAAGCAAAAGUUCUUUGAAAUGGCAAAAAAAACACAUUUUUACACUCGCUUGAGGCUGUUUUGUAUUUGUUUCAUUGAAGCUGAUUGCAGCUUUUGUGAACAGACAACUCAAAAUUUUUCACACAAACGUGGUUAUCAGCUGACAUUUAAGAAUAAUUUCACAUUUCCCACUUUGAAAACAAUUCCUGAAGACUUCUUUCCAUUUUUCUCUGGUAGAUGGACAAAGUUUCAUUAGUUUUUUGUUGUUCAAGGUUUUUUUUUUUUUUAUUGGUUGGCAAGCAACUAGUUUUUGUUUAGUUACCUAUGUGGAACAACUCCUACAGCGCCACCUACUGAUGCUAAUGGAAAACAAGCCUAAUUUACAUUUUGCUCUGUUUAUUUUUGGCAAGAUUUCAAAAGCUUGCUUCAAAUUUACUUGACAGUUGCAUAAAGACAUGGAUUCGGCCACAGAUUCGUUACGCUAAUGGAGGUUUAAGUAAAAUUUAGUGCUUUAGAUGUCUGGUCAGAUCAGACCUUUUCUAACAUUUUAAGCCCAAAUUUUGUUUCAUUUUCACAUUUGCAGUCUUCAGACCAACUCUUAAUUCAACAUCUGGACCAUAGUGGGCAAUAAAAGUGAAGAACAGCAGCCACGAGGUUGAUAUUUGUGGUUUUAAGUAGGAAUCGAGGCGGAUAUUUGACUUUUUUUUUUUUUUUUUUUUGAUUUUUGCUAUUGAAACCUCAGCUAACGCUAUCGUUAACAGGUUUCCUGUUCCUCUUAGCCAGUCUGGAGCAUCGUAACAUCGUCCUGAAGUACGAUUAACUUUCACAAUCUGCUCUAACUGACAAACACGUCUCUUUAGUAGAGGCACAACCUUCUCUCACAGUGGCUAAAACUAUGCUAAUGGUUGCUAAAGACUAGUGGCUAAAUUAGAAGGCAGCCACAGAUUAACCUGAAACAGAGUCUGGAAAACAAUUAAUUUAAGAUCUGAAUCUCAGUGAACGAUGAAAGUAAUAAAACAGUGAAGAACAGCAGCCACGAGGUUGAUAUUUGACUUUUUUUUUCCGAUUAUUGCUAUUUAAGCCUAGGCUAAAGCUAUCGCUAACAGGUUUCCUGUUCCUGUAAGCCUGUCUGGAGCUUCGUAACAUCUUCCUAAAGUAAGAUUAACUGUAACAGUCUGCUCUGACAGGCAUCUCUUUAGUAGAGGCACAACCUGCAAAAACUGACCAAGAAACACAAAACAGGAAAUUAGCUUCUCUCACAGGGGCUAAAGCUAUGCUAACGGCUAGCAGCUUAGUUUGAAGGUAGCCACAAAUUAAACUCAAAUUUAGUUUCAUUUUCACAUUGGAAGUCUUCAGACUAACAAACUUUUAGGAGUUUAUAAAAUUUCAUGCAACUCCAGAGCCACAAGUUUGAUAUCCAACAGCUCGUAAACAGACAUUUACAUUUGGUUUCUUUAUUAAACUUCAAGAAUCACUGCUGUCAGCGACCCAGAGAGAACCAGAACUGAGUUAAGAUUGUCUUUGUGAUGCAGACUUCAGAGCUAAAACAAUCUGUGCAGACGGAUAAGAAAUAUUUUGUCAGUCGGAGCUGGUUUCCACACAAAUUAUCCAAAUUUACGAUUAAAGGGAGUCAAAUAACCGUCAUUAUACUGUACCGGCUAAAUCAGUUAACCCACAUCUUCACCUUCCUUCAUGUGUAUCUGCCCAUUAGAACAUCCUGUAAAAUAAACUAUAAUGUACAUUCCUGUGCACCUUCCAGACAGCAGGAGUCUGUGAGACGGUAACGCUACACUUAGAAUGUGAUGUAAAACUACUACACAGGGUGAACUUUGAAAUCACAUCUGCUGGAGAGUGUAUUUUUGGGAUUUUUUUCGCUGUUGUCAUGUGUUUCCUUUUUAGAGCCAAUGAUGUAAAAAAACCAACAAAAAACAUGUAUUAUGUGAAUCAGUUUUUCUUCUCCUGCAGGGCUGGAUAGAGACUUAAGUCCAGGUUUUGACAGCCUGAACCGUAACGCUAGACAGCGUAAAGAUACAAAACGAGACGCCGAUGUGGAAAUAAACGAGCCGCAUCUCAGUUCAGGGUAUUAAAGUCGCUUGUUUUAAAGUUUACUCAGAAUCUCAGUUUACAAAACGUUCCAGAGUUCAACCAAAUUAGAGCUAAAUGCAGUUUAAAGUUUUGUAGCGUCUCCAAAUGUUCUCACCAAGAACUCCUGUAAUAAUGAUAAUGAUAAUUCUUUGCCUUGUUGAAUUGCACUAUAAUGGCCUUGUUCAGUACAUGUAUUAUCAUAAAUAAAGGUUUCAGUAAUGGGA